AUGGUACUCCACCACUUUUCUCUGACUCUUUUCGUCGUUAUGCAGCUAUGGAGCUGUUCUUACGCGCAUGAUGGAGACGAUGUGCAUGACUCUAUUCCUGCUCAUCGUGAUGGAGUGAGACCAGUGUUUGAAGUACAUGUAGAUGUGGACGGCUGGGCAUAUUGGUCAGACUUUUUGGGAAUACCACUCAAUAACUACAAGUACAAGGUGUUCCACGAAAGAAGAACAUGGUUUGAGGCAGAGGGCAUCUGCAAACACUACGGAGGACAUCUGGCUUCCAUUUCCUCAGAGGGGGAAAAUCAGUUCAUAUAUGGUGGGUUGCUCUCUGAGACUGAACCGUUCAUACCUUGCAGCAGCUUCCACUCGCUACUGUUGUUUACAUACAGCUAUAUACGAGAGCCAUAG